AUGCAGGAAAUCACAGCAGCUGCUAAAGCUGCAAAUAUUCACAGCUUUAUUGUCUCUUUGCCUGAAGGUUACAACACUAACUUGGGCACUAGUGGAGCUCAGUUAUCUGGGGGGCAGAAGCAAAGAGUAUGUAUAGCACGUGCACUGAUCAGGUCACCUCGACUACUACUGCUUGAUGAAGCGACUUCAGCGUUAGAUGCAAAUAGUGAACGUACUGUUUCCGAAGCAUUGGAAAAAGCAGCUAAAGAUAAAGGUAAAAUUAUUGAACAAGGCACACAUAUGGAGUUGAUACGUCAACGAGGCCAGUACUGGCGAAUGUGUAGAGGCCAGAACGUCACAUAA